AUGCGUCUUUUCCUCCUCGACUACGGUGCAGGCAACGUCCAGAGCCUUGCAAACUCUCUUCAAAAGCUCGGAUACCAGUUCUCAUGGAUAUCCUCAAAACAUGAUUUCGAAGAGGCCACGACGCUUAUUUUUCCUGGCGUCGGUGCGUUCCAUACCGCAAUCGAGCAUCUGACCUCUCGUGGUCUGCUCGAACCCCUUCGCGACUAUAUCAAAUCCGGGAAACCAUACUUUGGAAUAUGCAUAGGAAUGCAGGUCCUCUUCGAAUCCUCCACCGAGUCUCCUUCCACUCCCGGACUCGCCAUCAUACCCUCUCCUAUCGCCCGAUUCGAUGAUACCAACAAAUCAGUCCCACACAUGGGUUGGAAUCACGUCGAGCCUCUCGGCUCUGAAGACUCUGAACCUCGCGAGGGAAUGUCAUCUGACGUCCACUACUACUUCGUGCACUCUUACAGGGCAACUUACGACCCAGAAUCACACCCAGAGGCCGCACAGUGGGCACAUACCACCACCCAAUACGGCCAGGAAACGUUCAUGGCAUCCGUUCGCAAAGGCAACGUAUUCGGUACCCAGUUCCACCCCGAAAAGUCAGGCGCUGCAGGACUCACUAUUUUGGACACUUGGCUCAAGCAGUCUCAGCUUGAUCGUGUUUAUUCUGCACCAUCCCCACGUGUCCCUCGGACACCAAAACCAAAAGACGGUUUCGCGAAGCGUAUCAUCGCUUGCAUGGACGUCCGCGCCAACGAUGACGGUGACCUCGUCGUAACUAAAGGCGAUCAAUACGAUGUUCGCGAAAAAGUUCAUCCAUCCCUAUCAUCCCUCAGUGAAGGCCAUCCCGUAAAAACUGCAGGCGCCGUUCGGAACCUUGGAAAACCUGUGGCAUUAGCUGCGCGAUAUUACGCUUCGGGCGCAGACGAGCUCUGUCUGCUGAACAUCACAUCGUUCCGCCACUCCCCUCUGCAAGAUCAGCCAAUGCUAGCAGUCGUGCGUGCAGCCGCAGAAACCGUGUUUGUCCCACUCACGAUCGGUGGGGGUAUCAAAGACACAGUUGAUCCUGAUGGCACGAAACGGAGUGCAGUAGAAGUAGCAGGGGCUUACUUUCGAGCAGGUGCAGACAAAGUCAGUAUUGGCUCUGAAGCCGUUUAUGCCGUCGAGCGGUUACGUUCGAAUGGUGGGAAGGGAGACGGUACCAGUGCGAUCGAAACGAUCGCAAAGGUAUAUGGAAAUCAGGCGGUGGUCGUGUCUAUCGAUCCAAAGCGUGUGUACGUCGAUCUGGCAACAUAUGAUGGACCAUACAAGAACGAGCUAAUCUAUGGGAAAGACGACGGUUCGGAGAAGGAGCGCGGAAAAGCAUGGUGGUACCAAUGCACCGUUUCAGGGGGACGCGAAUCACGACCUGUGUCCGCCGCACAGCUCGCGCAGGGUGCGGAGGCCCUGGGAGCCGGAGAGAUUCUGUUGAAUAGCAUUGACCGCGACGGCACUGGGCUUGGAUUUGACCAUGAAUUGGUUGCAUUAGUGAAGCGAAGCGUCAAAAUACCGCUCGUUGCGAGUAGUGGAGCAGGGACUAAAGGGCAUUUUGUAAGCGUGUUUGAAGAGACGGGCGUAGAGGCUGCACUGGCGGCUGGUAUCUUUCAUAGAGAAGAAGUGAGCAUCGAGGAAAUCAAGGAAGAUUUGCGGAAUGCAGGAAUCAACAGUAGAAUUAUAUAGGUCGUAGAGAACGUGUAUUACUAUGUACCUUUAGAAUAGACCUUCCAGUUCUACUGUACAAGCAGAGUUACCCAACGAAUGCCAGUCAUACCACUCAU